AUUUUUAAAUCAACACGCCCAAAGUUUUAGGUAAACAGUGCUUAAAUUACACGCGUCCAUGUGCGUCUUAGAGACGAAGGAAUUUGUGUUGAUUCCUUAUACCAUCUGACGUGAAAUCUCCAAAACACAAUCCGUGGCACAGUAUCUACAUAGAUACAGUCCAUGUAAGAUGGAAACGGCUGAAUACGACAAGGGACAGACUCACACUCAUUCCAUAAAAUUACCGGCCGCGGUUGAGGUGUUCGCAAAUUUGAAAAAUGCCCAGAAAUUUGCAAUUGAUAUUGGUUUAUCAUUGACAAAAAUAGCUUAUUAUUCCACAGUCAGUUAUCGUAAAGCAUUAUAUGAAGAUGAAGGCUUAGGAAAUAGUGGAGAACGAGCAUACAAAGUAUAUGAAGGGAAUAGACUGCAUUUUGUUAAGUUUGAAACGAGAUACAUAGAAAAUUGUUUAGAUUUUGUGAAAGAGAAUUUAGUGAAUGUUGAAAGGUUUCAUGGUAAAAGUAUUAAAGUAACUGGUGGAGGAGCACACAAAUAUACUCCUUUAUUACAAGAAAAAUUGGGCCUGACAAUUGACAAAGAAGAUGAAAUAGCAUGUCUAAUAAAAGGUUGCAAUUUUUUACUUAAAAACAUACCAUGUGAAGCAUUUGAAUUCGAGAGACAUGGAAAUCCUGAAUACAAAUUUCAAAAGGCUUGCCCUAAUAUAUUUCCAUAUAUGUUAGUAAAUAUUGGUAGUGGUGUCAGUAUUCUGAAAGUAGAGUCUGACAAUGUGUUUGAGAGAGUUGGUGGCACAGCUACAGGAGGUGGAACAUUUUGGGGAUUGGGUUCCCUUCUCACAAAAAGGAAGGACUUUGAUGAAUUGCUGCAACUUGCAGAACGUGGAGAUCAUCGUAAUGUUGAUAUGUUAGUAAAAGAUAUUUAUGGAGGUGAUUAUUCUUCCCAAGGAUUACCUGGAGAGCUUAUUGCAUCUUCUUUCGGCAAAGCUAUGUCUUAUAUUGAUAAUAAAGGACAGCCUACAUUUUCUGAAGCAGAUCUUGCAAGAAGUCUUCUGCUUACAAUAAGUAAUGAUAUUGGACAAAUAGCUAGCCUAUAUGCAACUGUGCAUAAAAUGAGUAAAGUUUACUUUGGUGGUUAUUUCCUUCGUAAUCACCCUCUCUCAAUGCACACCAUUUCAUAUUCCAUCAAUUAUUGGUCUCACGGUAAUGUGAAGCCUCUUUUCCUUCGCCAUGAGGGCUAUCUUGGUGCGAUCGGUGCGUUUUUAUAUGGUGCUGAACAGUCAGAUAAACAUAGUUGGUUGGAGAAUUAUGCAGGUUCCUCAGGAUUUAAAGAUUCAAUACCCACCGAUCUUGGAAUUAAAGUUGAUCAACUGGAAAUUGAUCAAGCUGAAAAUGCUGUGACAUUUUGUCCACUUUUAAAAGAUCCUGCAACUUACAAUCCUGACACAACAGAUCUUGCCGAAGAUAAAGAAGCUAGAGAUUAUUGGCUUCAGUGUUUUGAGGAAUCAGUGGACAAAUUUGUUGCAAGAGCUAUUCACAGUCAGCCGCAUAGUCCAACUGCUAAAGAUAGAGCAACAAAACUUAAGGAGAAGUACAUAAAUAGACUGCAUUAUCUGCACCUGCAGCCAUUUGCUUAUGGGACACUUACUGUGAGGGUAUUAUUGGAUACUAUUGAGCAUUGCAUGAAGGAAUUCGAUUUUCCUGAUCCUUAUUUACAUCAAAAGAAAAGUGAGAAUGAAGAAGCUUUAAAACAUUUGAAAGAUCGUAUAGCUGUUAUCGACAAAUUAGAAGGACGAGAAAAAAUAAAUGCGUUGAUACUAGGAGUCAUUAGCGGUAAUAUGUUUGACUGGGGUGCCCAAGCCGUAGCUACCUUAAUGGAAACAACAGACUUUGGUUUCGCUGAAGCUGCAUCAAAAAUACCGGGUAGACCUUGGUUGCAAGAUGACUUAGAUGAUUGGAUAUACAGAUUAGAAACUGGACCACCUCAUAAGUGUGCAGCUAUUUUUGUUGAUAACAGUGGAGUCGAUAUAGUACUGGGAAUUUUACCCUUCGCACGAGAUUUAUUACUGCGAGGAACAAAAGUUAUACUAUGCGCUAAUUCUAUGCCAGCUUUGAAUGAUGUAACAUAUCCAGAACUAGUCGUGACAUUACGCGAUGCAGCAAAACUAUGCAGAGUUAUUAGACAUGCUCUGAAAGAAAAUCGAUUGAUUGCUAUGGAAACGGCGCAAGCCGGUCCCUGCCUUGACUUAAGCCGAUUGAGUCUGGACUUAUGUCUUGCGAUGGUAAAAUAUAAUGUUGAUCUUAUCGUGCUCGAGGGAAUGGGAAGAACUCUUCACACCAAUCUUUAUGCAAAGUUGACUUGCGAGUGUUUAAAGCUGGCAGUUAUUAAGAAUCGAUGGUUAGCGCUUCGAUUAGGUGGUGAUAUGUAUUCUGUAAUAUGUAAAUACGAGCGACCACCGUUGAAAACGAAAAUUUACGAUAUUGAAAUAACAACGGAAGAAUGUCCAUCAGAAUGCAUCGAGACAGCAAAUGAAGUUUGCACAUGCGAAGACAAAGAUUAAAUAAUAAAGACUGCAAAUCAGUAUGUUGAGGUUUUAAUAACAUGGAAUUAAUCAAGUUUCGUGACUUAGCCUAUACUUGCUACUCAAGUAUGACAAUUUUAGCGGUUACGUAAAGCGUUAACAAUUAAUGACUACCACCUAGUCAAAGACAAUAAAUAUUAUUUUCCUGUAAAUUAAAGAAAAAAGUGAUUACGACCAAUUGUAACAGGUACAGAGACAUGUAUCCUAUAACGCUGUACAGCAUAUCUUCUGUGAUAAUGUAACGUUCAAAGAGAAAGUUACGUGUUUGUGUAAAUUGAAAUUUGAAGGAAUGUAAUAGAAUAAUAUGUAAAAAUUUAAGGUAAUUAUUUAGAUUAACUCGCACCUGACCGAUUUUGACGAGCUUGAAAAAAAGUGAUUUUUUUCAUUCUUUGGCGUUCCAAGCUCCUUAACAACAUAUUUCAAGUUCAUCGAACUCGGUGAGGUGCGAGUUAAUCUAAAUAAUUACCAAAUUUAAAAUACUUUAAGGGAAGAUGUUUUCCAUUCGACACUUUUUGUACAGAGAUCUUCCACUGCUUCGUGUCAGAUAAAGCAUUGUAAAUUGUAAACACUAUGUAUUAGCUUUUAUUUGACUUGAUAACGUUUUUUGAAAGAUAUAUGACCCCAGAGACAUGUACAAUCUGACGCGAAGUGUCGUGACUGUUAAGGCAUUAUUUAUAAUAUUAUCAAUUGCCCAGAACAAAUUUUAAGAAAAGAGGAAACAAAUAAGUGGUAAAUUGGCAAAAUGUAAAAUAGAAAUUGCAUAGAACUAAUAAAGCGAAAUAUUUUGUUGAGACUAUGCAAUAAAUUGCUAUGUUAAAGCUCGCGACGGUGUCUAAAACAAAGACAUUACGAUUUGUUAAUACUCUAUAUCUAUAUGCACUUGUAUAUGAUAUAUGACUUGUUUGGUAAUGUGUAAAUAAAACAUCAACUUUUUUAAACGUCA